GGAGCGCGCCCCGGGGAGAACCCGAGCAAGAUGGAGGCCGCGCCGAGGCCGCCUCCUGGGCCGAGGCAGCAGCUGCUGGGAGCCCGGCGGUCGGUCCCGGGCCGGCGGCCCCCACCAGCCGCCGUCGCCGCCGCCGGCCCCGCCCCCGGGCAUCAUGCUGCCCUCGCAGGAGGCCUCCAAGCUCUACCACGAGCACUACAUGCGGAACUCGCGGGCCAUCGGCGUGCUGUGGGCCAUCUUCACCAUCUGCUUCGCCAUCAUCAACGUGGUGGUCUUCAUCCAGCCCUACUGGGUGGGCGACAGCGUGAGCACCCCCAAGCCUGGCUACUUCGGCCUCUUCCACUACUGUGUGGGCAGCGGGCUGGCGGGCCGCGAGCUCACCUGCCGAGGCUCGUUCACCGACUUCAGCACCAUCCCGUCCGGCGCCUUCAAGGCAGCCGCCUUCUUCGUGCUGCUCUCCAUGGUGCUGAUCCUCGGCUGUAUCACCUGCUUUGCGCUUUUCUUCUUCUGCAACACGGCCACGGUCUACAAGAUCUGCGCCUGGAUGCAGCUCUUGGCAGCUCUGUGCCUCGUGCUGGGCUGCAUGAUCUUCCCCGACGGCUGGGACGCCGAGACAAUCCGGGACAUGUGCGGGGCCAAGACCGGGAAGUACUCCCUGGGGGACUGUUCGGUGCGCUGGGCGUACAUCCUGGCCAUCAUCGGCAUCCUCAACGCCCUCAUCCUCUCCUUCCUCGCCUUCGUGCUGGGCAACCGGCAAACAGACCUGCUGCAGGAGGAGCUCAAGCAGGAGAACAAAGAUUUUGUGGGCUCUACAGUAAGCUCCGUGUUGCGGCCAGGGGGUGAUGUCUCCGGCUGGGGAGUCCUCCCCUGUCCCGUCGCUCACUCACAGGGACCCUGAGGGCCAGGAUCACAGCCCAGGAAUU